AUGUCAUUAAAAACUUCACUGAUCAGACGAUCGUCGUCUAUAUCAAAUGGCUCCUCAUCAAGCAGAUCAAGACUUUUAAACUCAUUUAAUUAUAUACCCUCAACAACAACAAACUCGACUGCUUCCAAUGCGGUCCACUUGUCAUCAUCGUUCAGACCUACUAGUCAACCAACUUCAAUCAAUUUAACUUUGGAGCCACUUAAUGACACUUUUAAACGUAAAAAUUUAGUUCUUUAUGACAAUGAACCAAUUAAAAUCGGUAGGUCGAUAAACAAAUCCACAACACCCUCAGAAUCUAAUGGAUUUUUUGAUAGUAAGGUGUUAUCCAGAUCUCACGCUGAGAUUUUGUUUGAGAAAAGUAACAAUGUUGGUGAAAGAAGAAAGAAUAGUAUGGAGAUGAAAGUAGAAGGGAAGGUGUUAAUUAAGGAUUUAAAAUCAAGUAAUGGAACUUUUCUUAAUGGGAGAAAAAUUGGUGUGGAAAAUGAUGAAUUUGAUGCUGUGGAAUUGAAUAAUGGAGAUUUACUUGAAUUUGGAAUUGAUAUAAAUAACGAACAAGAUCCAAAAACAACAUUUAGAAAAGUUUCUGCAAUUUUAUCCUUAUCAGCACCAGCACCAGCAUCAUCAAAUUUUAACGAUGAUUUAUCAAUUUAUGAUUUAAUAGAGAGAGAAUUGAAUUUAGCAAAGCAAGAUUCACAAAAUUUAAUUCAAAUGAACAAUAUGUUGAAUGAUUUUAACGAUAUACUUGAAGAUUAUAGCAUAAAUGAUAGUAAUAAGCAAGAUCAACAACAUCAGUAUGAAUUAUUACAAAAUUCGUAUCAAGAUUUACAUAAACUCUAUACCAAAAGUAUUGAAGAACAUGAGGAAGAAAAGCAAAAAAUAAUUUCCAAGUUCACAAGCCAAUUAAAAGAGAAACAUGAACCAGUGGAAAAUAAUGAAUUCACACAAGAGCAAGGGCAAAAAAAUAAUUAUCAGCAAUUAUUAUUAGAUAAAGAAAAAGAAUAUGAUGAUCUAUUGAAUAAAUUUAACUUGCAUACUGAAGAAUAUAAUUUGAUGAAAGAAAACUACAACACAGUUAUAAAAAGAAUAAGCGUAAUAGGUGAAUGGGUUAAUUCAAAUAUAGACAAUAAUAAUUUAUCAAAUUUAUCAAAUAACAAAGUUGAAGAUAUUGUUGAACUUUUAAAAGUUUUUGAUAAGUUAGAAAAGAUUAUUGAAUUAAAAAAAGCAGAAUUAGAAGGUUUAGAAAUAAUUAAAAAAGAAAAUAACAAAUUGAAUGAUUUAAUCGGUCAAAAAGAUUCUAAAUUAUUAGAAUUGGAAAAGAUGAUCAAAGAGUUUCUUAAUGUGGGGAGAGGAGAAAUUAAUUCACAUCAUUCAAACGAUCUAGUUGAAAAAAAUCGAUUACAAACGCAACAUUAUAUCUCCAAAUAUAUUUGGAAAAACAAAAAUUUCUAUUCACCUAUUGAAAAUAAGUUAAAUCAAGGUGAAUUUAGGGUGCUCGAAAUUGGACAUGGCUCGGGGACGUGGUUGAUUGAUAUGGCUACAGAAUUCCCAAAUUCAACUUUUGUUGGAGUUGAUUUAAUUAAUCCGAUCCUUGAAAACGAAAACAAACCUGAUAACGCCGGAUUCCUUCGAUGCGAUGUUAUUAAUGAUGGAAUUCCAUUUCCUGACAACACUUUUGAUUUUAUCUAUCAAAAUCUUAACAUUUUUUCCUUUUUAACUGAAUCUCAAUGCCCCGAAUUGAUAGAAGAUAUGAUUCGUGUUAUAAAGCCAGGAGCUUGGAUUGAGUUAAUGGAAGGAUCAUAUGAAUUUGAAAACGUUGGCCCAGUUACACGAGUGUUGAUAAAUUCAACAAUUGCUUACCUUAAAAAAAAUGGAAUAAAACCUAAAGCCAUCUCCAAUAUUAAAAAUUAUCUUCAAACUAGCGAAAACUUUUCGACAGACAUUCAUACAGAAGAAAUCAAAGUGCCACUUUUUGGUGGCACUCUUGGAGCUUUCACAUUUAAUUAUUUCAAGACAUAUCAUAAAAAUAUCCGAAUCAAUGAAUUCAUGGGUUUGGACAAGAAUAGAUUCGAAGAAAUGUUGAAUUUGAUUUCUCAAGAAGUUGAAAACUAUAAAACCAAU